ACAAUGGCGGUUUAUACGAAACACUCAUUGUAGGCGUGCACUCAAACAAUAUUCCUUUGUUUAUUUUGCAGAAUUUUUCUUCAGAUCUUGGGGAUUAUAUUAGUUAAACCGGUAGGUGUUAUUUGGUGAAUAAUUAGAUAGUUGAAAAAAUACCGCCAGUUACAGCUUGUAUUGCUUUAAAUCAAGCAAUUAGCAAUUUAUAUGAUUUUUAGCGUUGAAAUGGAGGGGUAUCCCCGACUUCCAGAAAAACUGCCUCCGUGAAAGAAAACAAAUUUAUCAUUAACAUGUUCUUCGAGUUUUCCUCUAAAAAAAACUGUCGCUUUGAAAUUUUGUUUCACGAGAGCAUUUUAUGUAUAUUAAGGUAGUAUUCUACAUCGUCAUAAUGGCUGACUUCCUUUAGAAAAAUGGAUGACAAAAUCGAUAUCAGUAUUAUUUGACUUUUCCUUUUCUAUUUAUUAAUCUAGCCGAGUAGCUCAGUAGGUUAGAAUACGGAAUGCUGAACUGUAGGUCGCAGGUUCGAGUCCAGCAGGGGUUAUAAUUUUUUUUCAGAUUACCUUCUACUAAAACUGUAUUUUUUGACAAAAUGAAGCAAAUUUGAAAAUUUUCAAUUUCAAAUUAUUGUUGUACAAAUCCUCCACUUUUCAUCUACGUCAAACUUCUCUGGUGUAGCAUACCCCCUUAAAAUAAAUUGAAACGACUUCACUGGUAUUAUUUUCAACUUCACCUGUAGGUUAAUGUUCCAUAGCAGUGUAUGGACUCUGGCGUGGUUCAGUGGAUAAGAUCGUCAACUCUAAUACACUAUUUUUAAAACGACCAGGUUCGAUUCCCUCACGAACACAUCUGUUUUUCAUAUUACGAUUUCCAUCUAAAUAUUUUUUUCUCAUGUGAAAGACGCUUCUAGUCUUUAUAAAUGUUUCAUGUCAAAUCUCUGUUUAUAACCAUGUGUCGAGUUUUAAAAUUUUAAAAUUUCAUUUAGCGAAACGACUUCAUAAUAGACACACGACAACAGAAAACAAAGACAAUCUUAAAACAAUGAGUAAAAACUACAAACCUAUAAUGGAUAGUUGUAUAAAAAAGUAUAAGUUUGAAAUAGCACGUAAACUGUCUGAACUGUGCUCUACAAACUCUAAAGAAUAUUGGAAGAUCUUAAAUUCAUCAAAUAAAAAUAAGAAAUGCGCCGUCGAUAUUAACGAAAUGUUCCAGUUUAUGAGGAAUCUUAACUUAGGUGAUUUUAAUGACGAUUUAACAGGGAAUUUUAAUAAUUUUGAUUUUGUUCCAAACGAUGGAGAUAACUCUGAUGAGUUCCUUAACACUGUUAUUACUGACGACGAAAUAGAAAAGGCUGCUAGAAAACUUAAGCACGGUAAAGCACCUGGUUAUGAUAAUGUAUUAAAUGAACAUCUCUCAUCAACUUUGUCAAUAUUUUUUCCUGUGUAUAAGAAACUUUUUAAUAUGGUUUUUGACAGUGGCUUUGUUCCAGAUGAGUGACUACUUGGCGUUGUUAAACCUAUAUACAAAAAUAAGGGUGAUCCAACAUCACCGGAAAAUUACCACCCUAUUACUUUGUUAAGUUGUCUCGGUAAACUUUUCACAUGCAUUUUAAAUAGUCGACUGGAGGCAUACGCCGAGGAAGUUAAUUUGAUUAAUGAAAAUGAAGCUGGGUUUAGGAAAAACCAUUCAACAUUAGACCAUUUUAUUUCUUUGCAGUUUUUGUCACACACUCUAAUGAGUAAAAGAAAAAGAAAUUAUUUUGCGCAUUUAUUGAUUUUAAACAAGCAUUUGACACUGUGUGCAAAAGUCGUCUGUGGAACAAGUUAACUACAAACGGUAUCAAAGGAAAAUGUUUUACUUAUAUCAGAAAUAUGUAUAUGGGAAUUAAAUUAAUGAUUAAGAUAAAUGGCAUGUCAACUGACUUUUUCACAUGUAAUGUUGGGGUAAGACAGGGCGAAAAUUUAUCCCCAUUUCUGCUUGCUUUGUAUAUUAACGAUCUUGAAUAUUUUUUACAAGAGAAAGGCAUUAUUGGCCUACAAAGUAUUACUAAUUCAAUUGAAGAGGAACUUAUGUUGUACUUGAAACUUUUAAUUCUGCUAUAUGCAGAUGAUACAGUUAUAAUGGCUGAAUCUGCUGAUGAUUUACAAUAUGCGUUGAAUGAAUUUUUUAUAUACUGUACUCAGUGGAAAUUGAAUGUUAAUGUCGAUAAAACAAAAUUUUUGAUAUUCUCAAAGGGUCCAUUGAUGAAAAGGCAAUUUUACUAUAAUGGGGGUGUUAUAGAGAAUGUAAAAGAAUUCAAAUAUCUCGGUAUUAUAUUUUCUAGAUCAGGGUCUUUUUGUAAAGCUAAAAAACAUUUAUGUGAACAAGCCCAGAAAGCUAUGUAUGGAAUUAUAAGGAAAAUUAGAUUGUUUGAUUUACCAAUUAGUUGUCAAUUUGACCUGUUUGACAAAGUAGUUUUACCAGUUUUAAUUUACGGAUGUGAAAUAUGGGGGUAUGAAAAUUUACAAGUUGUAGAGCGCAUUCACUUAAAAUUUCUGAAACACAUCUUUCAGAUGAAAAGCUCUACGCCCUCAUUUAUGGUAUAUGGUGAAACAGGUCGUUUCCCAAUCUAUAUUAAUGUGUAUAGCAGAAUGAUUUCAUACUGGGCUACAUUAUUGCAAGGUUGUGACUUUAAAAUUGUUAAUGUACUUCAUAAAUUUUUGCAUACACAAUAUCUUAACGGUACUGUUAAAAACCCCUGGUUUGAAUGUAUUCAACGAAUUUUAAGCAUGUGUGGUCUUUCAAAUAUAUGGAAUCAACAAAAGAACAUAAAUGGAAAAUGGAUAACAAAUAUUGUCAAACAAAGACUUCAGGAUCAAUUCAUUCAAACAUGGUCGAGCGAUAUGUUCAAUUCAUCUAAAGGUAAAAUAUACAGAACUUUUAAGAUAGACUUUGGACCAGAAAAAUAUUUAGAAAAAUUGUCAAAAAAAUUCAGAGCUAAUUUUCUUAAAUUUCGCACCACAAAUCACCGCCUCCCUAUAGAGACUGGUAGAUGGAUUGGUAUUCCAUAUAAUGAAAGAUUUUGUGUUUUGUGUAACGAAUCGAAAAUUGCAGACGAAUUCCAUUAUAUAUUAGAAUGCAGUACUUUGUCAAAUAUUAGAAAAGAAUACCUACACAAAAAGGAAAUGUCAACUGAUUCAGUGAAGAAAUCUAAAGUUAAAAAAACAACUAUUUCAGACAAAAGACAUUUAGUUUCUACGACUAAAAGAAAGUUUCAGCCACUGGCCGAGUACUUAGACACUGCUGACAAGCACAAGAAAAGAGACCACCUGCAGUCACUUGGAUCAGCACUUAAAGAUGUCCUUCCCAAUGCUUGUUUGUUCAAAGGAUUACAAGUCCAAACAAAACAAGGCAGUGAACAAACCCAAAGAUCCAAUGAAGAACAGGUCCUUAGAAGUAGCAGAGAAAACUCACAUGAUAAAGAGACCCAAAUUGAUAAUCAGAAUGGAUUACAGGUGCAGACAAAAGGUCUGGAACAGGUCGUUUGCUCAAAAACUGCAAAUUCACAGAAUGAAGAGGACCACAAUGAUACUCAGAAUGAGUAA